CAUGAUUGCCAAUUUGCCAUCCCGCUGUGUGAAACAAAACAAAGGGUGUAUAAAUAGAUCACUGGUCAGACACUAACACCAGAAGGAUCUAAAGCUCGCAGCAUCACUGCAUCGUCAUCACAUCGCCAUUCACAACUCCCUUGUAAAUUCAGAAAAAUGGCUACCAAUGAGCAACUUUCAAAGUUCCUUACGACUGCUGUUGAUGCUGCCAAGAAAGCUGGCGAAGUAAUUCGGAAAGGAUUUUAUCAAACCAAAAAUGUGGAGCACAAAGGCCAGGUGGAUUUGGUGACUGAAACUGACAAGGCAUGCGAAGAGCUUGUCUUCAAUCAUCUCAAGCAAUUUUACCCUGAUCAUAAGUUCAUUGGUGAAGAAACUACAGCUGCCUAUGGUGCUACAGAGCUGACAGAUGAUCCUACAUGGAUCGUUGAUCCACUUGACGGGACAACUAACUUUGUGCAUGGGUUCCCAUUCGUGUGUGUCUCUAUUGGUCUCACCAUUGGAAAAGUCCCAACUGUCGGUGUCGUAUAUAAUCCAAUUAUGAAUGAGCUUUUCACCGGUGUCCGAGGGCAAGGGGCUUUUCUGAAUGGAAAACCCAUACAAGUUUCUUCGAAAGAUGAGCUUGUCAAUUGUCUCCUUGCUACGGAGACUGGUACAAAACGUGAUAAAGCCACUGUUGAUGCCACAACAAAUCGAAUUAAUUCAUUGCUUUUCAAGGUGAGAUCUGUAAGAAUGUCAGGCUCCUGUGCACUGAACUUAUGCGGUAUAGCUUGCGGAAGACUUGAUCUAUUUUAUGAAUCUGGAUAUGGGGGUGCAUGGGAUGUGGCAGCUGGUAUUGUAAUUGUUGAAGAGGCUGGAGGCCGUGUUUUUGAUCCGUCUGGUAAAGAUUAUGAUAUAACAGUCACGCGAAUAGCUGCUUCAAACCCACUUAUUAAGGAUUCAUUUACUGAGGCUUUCCGACAAGUUGAAUGAGAGAACAAGCUAGCAAAACAUGAACAAUACAUUUAUUCUACAAACUUGGUGUCGCACCUUUCUGUCAACACCGGCAUUUGGUAUGGUCAUUUUUUCCGUUUGAGCAUUUGAUAACUGUUAUUUCUUAUUGUUUACAGUCCAAUUUCUAAUCAAUGUUCCUAAUGUAUUGAAACUGUUAAGAAUCCUAAAGAAAAGAGUGUGACAUACUUUAAAGCUCUUCGUCUC